GAUUGGUGUUGCUUCUUGCCUGAGUCGCGUCGUGUUGCUGCCGUGCCGUCGUCGUGUUGCUGUCGCACCGUCGUCGUGUUGCCGCCGUGUUGCUGUGCCUAAGCCCCCGACGCCAGGAUAAUACCCACUAACAGCCAGCCCCCACACACCUUUGGCCCGUAUUGAACUUGAGUGUGGUUCAGUUUUCGAAUUCCGAAGUCGUGUUGCCGCCGUGCAAUACUCAUAUUGCUGCGGCUUUACCAAGGUGUUGCUGCUGUGCUUAGGGCAGUCAAACGAGGAUAACACCUAGAAAUAAUAAGCCAAGCCUCCGGUACCUUAAAUAAAUAACAAUUGUUGAAAAUUCAUAGCACUUAACUUAAUUUUCAAAGUGGUGUUGCUGCUGUAAAAUAGUGUUGCUGCCGUGUCUUAACCUCCCACUCAAGGAUAAUCUGAUAACCCACUCUUUGGGCAUGUGGUGAAACCGAGUGGGCAGUGUUUUCUGGUGAUUACCCCUUAGUUAGUCGCCUCCUUCCCCCGAAAAGGACAUGGACGCGGAACAGGAUUCGAGUAACCACCGCGGUUCGGUCUCCUCCAGCCGCUCCCUGGAGAUACCCGCCACUCCCUCGCGAUCGCCCAAGAAAGUGUCCUUCUCCGAUGAGCUGCCCCAGUCGCAGACUCCUGCCCAGCAGCCCAUCCAGCAGCCAGCUCCCACGGGUGUGAGUCACGUGCUCCAACAGGCUGCCCAGUAUCUGGAGAGAUUGCAUGGCGCACGCGAUUCCCCCGAGGAAGCGAUUGCCGAGGAAGUGCAGCCAGCUGGUGCUAGUGGUAGUGAUAGCAGCGCCAGCGAAGCGGCCAUUCUGCACCUGAAUGCAGUGGACUCCAGUGCUGAUGAACCGGCGGCAAUCGUGGCCAGCUCGCCGAGUAUUCUUGUUGCCAGCGCUGGCAAGCAGGAAGCGAUUGCCAGUGCCAAUGGAAGUGGGAAUGGGAACGGGAAUGGAAAUCCGAAUCAGCGGCAAUCAAAUUUGUACAUGGAACGAUACAACCUCAAUUUAGAUAAGAACUGCAGCUCCAUGGAGCUGGAGGCGCGCCGGGAGAAGCAGCGCUGGCUGCUCAUAUCCGAGUGCAGUGCUCUUUUCGACGAGGGCGAGGGCAAGCACACAAGGGAGGCCUUCCGCAAGCUCUUCCUGGACGAGGAAUUCCAGCAGAAGCUCUUCCAGCUGUUUGAUCUCGAGCGGAAUGGCCAUUUGCUGCAAGAUCGCUGGAUCGAGCACCUCAAGGGUCGUCUAACCGACGAUCGCCAGAUGGACUUCGCCGAACAGAUCGAGUCGGUGGCCUAUGUGAUCUGCGGUGAAAACAAGAGGGUUAGCUUCAAGAACUUCCGCGAUAUCUGGCACACGAGGGGGGUUCUUGACAAGCUCUACCGCCUGAUAGAGGUGGAUGGCAGCAACUUGGUGUCCACCAACCAGGUGAUGGAGUUCAUUUCCCACCUCACCAACUCCCGACCCAGGACCGGAUUCGACAAGAGCUCGCUGGCCCGGCUGGAACAGCUCUUCCGCACCACCGUGGGGAACGAGCAGGAGAUCCGAAGGGAGGAGUUCCAGAAGAUAGUCACCUCAAAAAACCCCUUCUUCACGGAGCGCGUCUUCCAAAUCUUCGACAAGGACAACUCGGGCUCCAUUUCGCUGCAGGAGUUUAUCGAUGCGAUACACCAGUUCUCUGGUCAGUCGGCCGAUGACAAGAUCCGCUUUCUGUUCAAAGUCUACGAUAUUGAUGGCGACGGACUGAUCCAGCACAAGGAGCUGCACGAUGUCAUACGACAUUGCAUCAAGGAGAACGGAAUGGAGUUCUCCGAGGACCAGAUCGAGGACCUCACCAGCGCCAUGUUCGAGGAUGCCGAUCCCCAUAACAGUGGAGAAAUCACCUACGAGGCGCUGAAGAACCAGCUCCAUAAGCACGGCGGUCUCCUGGAAAACCUCAGCAUAACAAUCGAUCGCUGGUUAGUGCCCAUCGCGGAGGAUCGCCAGGCGGGAGGAGCUGCUAAGGGGGGAUUCUGGAACUCCCUGCCCCACCAGUUCUCGCUGGCCUACAUGAAGAACAACCAGGUCUUCGUCACGUACCUCUUCUUCUACAUAACCGUCAACCUGUGCCUCUUCGUUUCCCGUGCUAUUCAGUACCGGGCUAGCAAUGGAUUCGUCAUCAUAGCCAGAGCUUGUGGACAAUGCCUGAACUUCAACUGUGCCUGGGUGCUGGUCCUGAUGCUGCGGCACUCCCUGACCUAUCUGAGGGGACGUGGUCUGUCCUCGUACCUUCCGCUGGAUCAUCACGUCUAUCUGCACAAACUGACCGGCAUCACAAUCUCCGUCUUCAGCCUGGUACACACGAUUAUGCAUCUGUUCAACUUCUCCAUAAUCGUGAUCAACGAUCCGAACAUUAAUGCCGGACACUACACCAUCGGCGAGUGGCUGCUCACAGAUCGUCCUGGACUGUUUGGCCUGAUCCCGGGCUGUGCGAAUCCCACGGGGGUAGCUCUGCUGGCCAUCCUGAUGGUGAUGUUCGUGUGCUCACAGCCCUUCGUGAGGCGAAAGGGCAGCUUCGAGGUGUUCUACUGGACGCAUCUGCUGUACGUGCCCUUCUGGGUGCUGUGCCUCUUCCAUGGCCCCAACUUCUGGAAGUGGUUCCUGCUGCCGGGACUCGUUUACAUAGUUGAACGAGCCCUGCGCUUCAUUUGGAUGCGGGGUGAGCAUGGCAAGACGUAUAUCAGCUCCGGACUGCUGCUGCCCUCCAAGGUGGUGCACCUGGUGAUCAAGCGACCGCAUCACUUCAACUUCCGACCCGGAGACUACGUCUUCGUGAACAUCCCGGCCAUUGCCAACUACGAGUGGCAUCCAUUCACCAUCAGCUCGGCCCCCGAACAGGAGGACUACAUGUGGUUGCACAUACGCACUGUGGGCGAGUGGACCAAUCGUCUGUACCGCUACUUCGAGAGGGAGCAGCAGAAGAUCCAGCAGGGUGGCUCUUCGCAGGAGAUUCCUCAGCACAUGCACGCGAUUCCCACGCCCAGCUUCAUGCUCCUUAAUGAGGCACGUAAUCCAGCGCUGGCAGGGGAAAGAUCUGCCACACCGCAAACGGAUUUUCUGGCCAAGAAUCUGGCCGUGCAGGCUGUGCCGCCAGUGCGCCCGCCUCGACAGAAUCGAAAGCCCACGGCGGGAGCUUCUCCAGAUACUCCAGCCACAGGGGUAAACCGCAUACGCAGCAUCAAGAAGAGUCUGCAGCGCACUUUCUCCCGGAAGGAGACGGUGGAGCCCAAGAAGGGCACUCCAAAUGGAGCUUUUCUUGCUGAUUGCGAACGGGAGGAGUCCAGCCUCAAGCAGAGACCACUGGAGAAGAGCAUCUCCCUGCCGGACAUCAGUGUGAAGAGCAAAAAGAGGAGUCGCCUCAAGGCCCUUAGAGCCCUUGGUCGCUCCGAAUCCGAGUCUGCCUUCGAUGAGAAGCGUGUGCGUCGGGCCAGGAACAACAGCGUGGGAUUGGCCUACCUAAGUCCGCAGAACAAGUCCCUGGCGCAGAGUUUCCGCUACAUGCGCACCAAACCGACGAUCAUCGCCUUCAAGACGCCCAGCAUGGAGGAGCGGGAGCAUCAGCUGACUGCCGGAGAAGCCAAUGGAGCAAGUCCGGCCAGCCGGGCGGAACAGGGCCAGCUGGGUGCCAAGAUGGAUCCGGUGGACAAGUCACAGGUGGCCCGUCUCAGUUUGGCGGGGGAGGUGGCCUCCAAGCCGCUGGAGGACCAAACACAAACGGGAUCCGGCAGCAGAAAGUCCAUUCUGCGGCGUCCCACUUUCCUGCGCUCCCUGUCCACCUCCAUAAAUAACCGAUCAGGCGGAGGCGGUGGCGGAUCAACUGGUAGCUCCACAACUAACAGCGGUGGCAAAGUCACACUCGAUGCGGGAGUCAUGGAGAUCUUCAUUGACGGUCCGUAUGGAGCGCCCUCCAGUCACAUCUUUGGGGCUCAGCAUGCUGUGCUUAUAGGCACAGGCAUUGGAGUCACUCCAUUUGCCUCCAUCCUGCAGUCCAUUAUGCAUCGAUACUGGAAGGCCAGGCACAGCUGCCCGAGGUGCCAGUUCGAGUGGGCCAGUGAGAUACCCAAGUCUGUGAUGAACCUGCGCAAGGUGGACUUCUUUUGGAUAAACAGGGAUCAAAGGUCCUUCGAGUGGUUCGUCAAUCUGCUGUCCCAACUGGAAAUCGAGCAGGCUGAGCUGGGCGGAGCCAUGGAGCGCUUCCUGGACAUGCACAUGUACAUAACGAGUGCCCUGCAAAGAACCGACAUGAAGGCAGUGGGGCUACAACUGGCAUUGGAUUUGCUGCACGAGAAAGGCAAGCGGGAUCUGAUCACUGGCCUGAAGACCCGCACCAAUGCCGGCAGACCCAACUGGGAUAAGGUCUUUAAGCAGCUGCAGGCCCAGCAGAAGGGCAAGGUCACCGUCUUCUAUUGCGGCCCACCACAGUUGGCCAAAACGCUCAGAUACAAAUGCGACCAGUACGGAUUCGCCUUUCGUAAGGAGUGCUUUUAAACAAGUCACAUCGCUCGCCUCCGUCCAUCUCCCGUCCAGUUCCAUCUGCUCCAUCUCACUCUGUGUCAAGCCCCCCCUCGUUCAUCGUGUUCUCAUUUGCAUAAGCAACGGGUUUAUUUCGGGUCCGGUUCGGUUUAGCUUAGCUUAGAUGGCUAUUUAUUCGUCUCCUGUCUUGUUGCCUCAUUGUUGAGUGUGUCCCCCAGCUUGUAAAUAUCUAUAUCUAUCUGUAUAAUCUAUGUGCUCAUGCAAUAAAGUUUGUUACCCAAUGUGCCGUCCAA